AUGGCGGGCACCGUCCAUGUUCUGGACGACUACUACCUCGCCAUCACCCUCCUCAUUACAGUGGCAUAUCAGCUCUUCUUCUUCGCCAUAGCCUUCACAUUCAAGUUCGACAAGCUCACAGACUUCGCUGGCGGGACCAACUUCGUCGUCCUCGCCAUAAUAACCCUCGCCUUCUCAGGGCCGAGCCCGCAUGCCCGGCAGAUCGUCCCCUCCAUCUUCAUCAUGCUGUGGGGGGUGCGGCUGUCGGGUUUCCUGCUCUUCCGUAUCCUCAAGACGGGAAAGGAUGAUCGCUUCGACGACAAGCGCGACAAGUUCUUCCCGUUUCUCGGCUUCUGGGUCUUCCAGAUGAUCUGGGUCUGGGUCGUCUCCCUGCCCGUCACGCUCAUCAACUCGCCCGCGGUGAGGCAGUACCCCUUCAUCGGCUUCGGCACGGGCAGGGACAUCGUCGGCAUCAUCAUGUUCGCCGUCGGCUUCGUCAUGGAGAGCGUUAGCGAUGCCGAGAAGUACAGGUUCAGGAGCACGCAGGACAAGAGCGCCGUGUGCGACAAGGGGUUCUGGGGCUGGAGCCGGCAUCCGAAUUACUUUGGCGAGAUCAUCAUCCAGUUCGCCAUCUAUAUGAUCGCCGUGUCCUCUGCAGCCGACGGGUUCGUCCGAGGGCAGGCCUACAACGCCCUUUAUGCCUCGAUUUUGGGACCGAUACUUCUCACCGUGCUGCUCAUGUUCGUCUCCGGCCUGCCACUCUCCGAGAGGCCUGGUGCGAAGAAGCGGUAUGAGAAAGGUACCAACUGGGACGGGUACAAGCGCUAUCUCGACCGCACCAGCAUCUUGAUCCCGUUCCCACCACAGUUGUAUGCAAGAAUGCCUGUAUUCCUGAAGCGGACGGUAUUCUUGGAAUUCCCAAUGUAUGUGUUCGAUCCCGCGAAGCAUGCGGACGGUCCUCCUGGCCAGAGCGCAGCGGAAGAAGGCAGGGGUGAGCAGGUGGGAAAGCCAAGCCAAGCGACUGAGAGGGGCCAGAGCACCGAUGGAUUGACAGGCGAAUCACGCCAAGGUUGA